AUGGUGAAGGUUUUCAUGGAUGUCUUUUCAGUAUAUGGAGAUUCUUUCUCAUCCUGUCUAUCAAACCUCUGCAAGGUGCUGAAAAGGUGUGAAGAAACCAACCUAGUGUUAAACUGGGAAAAGUGCCACUUGAUGGUCCAGGAGGGAAUAGUUUUAGGGCACAAGAUCUCGGAAAAGGGUAUAGAGGUCGACAAGGCUAAGAUCAAAGUGAUGGUUCAGAUGCAACCUCCUAAAUCGGUGAGAGACGUUAGAAGCUUUUUAGGGCACGCAGGGUUCUACAGGCGAUUCAUUAAAGACUUCUCUAAGAUCGCCCGACCGUUAACGCGGCUCCUUCGCAAGGAAGCAGAGUUUAUUGUCGACAAGGACUGUUGA